AUGCCAUCCACCACAUCUAAUAACGCAUCAGAAUUUGGCGUCUAUGCCAACCUUUCUUCCUACAAGUACGAAGGAGAUAUGAAGACAAAGAGUGCGAACCGAGGCGGAGACGUCAACGACAUGACGGUUUACAAGCACUACUCCAAAAUGUCGAUCCGCAACUCUGGCAGCGAUGCUGAUAGCACCGACGACGACGAUGACGAUGAAUGCAGUGUUCCGUGCAACGGGCGCGUCUACGCCAAGAACAUUGAACCUGUUUACGGGUUUCCAACGGAGGAGAAACUAGGAGAAAUGGUCGUCUCAUUGCCCGAACCUAUUGAUGGACAAUUACUGUCAGACCGCAAGGCUUUCGCUCCUUGCCAGGAGCCUGAAAAGCUCACCAAGGUUCUCAUGGAAUCCAAGCACGGCUUUCUCGGUCGACGGAGCUCCAUUCGCGUCGCGGAUUCCAACGGACAGCCAUUUUCCGGUGGAGUCCAUCUAAAGGCAUUCCAGCACAAUGUCUUUCGCAAUAGCUUCUUAUUGCGUACCGCCCGUAAGACUCCAGUCGCUCUUUGUAUCCAACAACGCCCAGCUGGACCACAAAUCUAUCACAUCUACGGAACUCGCCCGGUACACAGCAAUGACGUGUCGAGACCUGUCAAGGAAAGAGGUGUAAACUACUAUCUCUGGUUCCGAUUUGAAGAAGGAGGCCACCGCUUAGACGACCGUAGCAUUUCCGCUUGGACCGGCAAAGGGUUUGUCCCAAUCUGGAAGUUGGUUGCUGCGUGUUAUCAUGUUGACAUGGAUGAUUCACAGCCGAUCAAGUUGAAUGAGAUCAUGAUUCAGGGUAUAGAAGAAGAUCGUGCUCUUGCAACCCUUGUCAAGAAUGAGUGCUGGGAAGUAACAAUGGCUCCUGGUGUCGAUCCAGCCCUCGUAUUCUGUGUUGGAGCCAUCCUCGAAGACAGCAUUGUCUUGUAG